CUCGAGAGUCCUGCCUGCCAUCAUAAACUCUACCGUUUACCCAGUUUGUUUGUUAGAAGGAAAAACAGUUUGUGUUUUCUUUCUGUUUAUUUCCAUAUUUUGUCCUCCAAAUAAAAUUUCCAUGGAAAACAAGGAUAACUAUCUUGAAACAAGCAAAGCUGAAAGGUCGGUGUGGUUAAUGAAAUGCCCUGGAUUAGUUUCACGCUCUCUCAAAGCCCCUCAACUCUCUUCUUCUUCUUCUUCCUCUUCUGCUUCUUCUUCUCAAGCGGUUGCCAAAGUUAUUCUUUCCAUUGACCCCCGUGUUUCCAGUGAUGAUAAUGACUCCUCUUCUCCUCAGUUCACCAUGGAAUUGGUUGGCACAGAAACCGGGGAUGUACCGAAGCGCUAUUCCAUGGAUAUGACCAAAGACUUUGUUCCAAUGUCUGUGUUUUCUGAGACUUCCCAAGGAAAGCUUGCGGUUGAGGGAAAAAUACUGAACAAGUUUGACAUGAGACCUCAUGAUGAAAACAUCGAAAACUAUGGGAAACUUUGCCGUGAAAGGACAACUAAAUCUAUGAACAAAUCCAGACAGAUACAGGUCAUCGACAAUGAUAAUGGAACUCACAUGAGGCCUAUGCCAGGGAUGAUUAUCGCUGCUGUAUUCAACGAAAAGAAGAAGGCGCCUGCCAAGACAUCUGAUACAAAAAGAACAAGGAGGGAUCGUGGGGAGAUGGAAGAUAUUAUGUUUAAGCUCUUUGAAAGGCAAUCGAAUUGGACUUUAAGACAACUGAUUCAAGAGACAGACCAACCUGAACAAUUUCUGAAAGAUAUACUUAAAGACCUGUGUAUAUACAACAACAAGGGAACUAAUCAAGGAACGUAUGAGCUGAAACCUGAAUACAAGAAAGCAACCGAUGGUACUAAUCCUUAAGAAUCAGAAUUAUUAUCCAAUUCUUCAAUGCAAGUGAAGGUUCUAGAAAUAACCAAGGACCAUUUGAUUGCCCUUUUGGUAUAUAUAUAUAUAUAUAUGGUUUCAACAGAGCAAACUAAAUGAUGCCGUUUUUGGCAGUUCUGAACUUGGCUCAAGCAUUUUGGGGUUUCAUUUUCAGUUUUUUAUCAUGACACCAUUGAUUUGUUCCAAGUUUUUAUUUCUUUGAUUUCAUUCUGGUAAAUAUGGAUUGUUCUUUUUAUUUUAAAGGCUGAAUUUGUUUCAGAUGAUUGAGGAUAAGAUAUUUGGAUUUUUAUGCUACAAGGGCAAAGAGAUAAUGAAUGCAUUCAAUUCAAUCAA